AUGUCACAGCUUGAAGCCUUGGAAAGAGUUUUUAUUGCUAACCAGUACCCAGAUUCUCUCACAACAGACGAAUUAGCUGAUCAGUUAGAAAUCUCAAAUGAAAAGGUGUCUAUUUGGUUUCAAAACAGAAGAUCUAAAUUUAAAAGACAGUACAGGGAUUCACAAGUUACAUGGAUGAGAAAUCAGGUUUAUGAUCAAGAAAACAGACCGCCUGUAUUGACCAUCCCAAGUGAACCAAGACGACAAAUGAAGCCAACAUCACAGAUUUUAGAAAGUCCCCAUGUUUUAACAGUUUCGACAGUAAAUCAACAAAACACCGUUGAUAAUAAGAAACCAGUUUCAAACUUACAUUACAAGCCGAUUACUGAUGUAUUAACCCCACCUCAAACAUGGGAGCAUAACGUUGGUUACACGACACCAUCGCCACCAUUUGACUAUUCGUCAUGUGCUAAUGACAUUUUGAAAGACUGCAGUGUGAACCCAGCAACGACAAGACCUGACUAUCCAGUCGAUAUCCAUACCAGUUAA